AUGAAUAAUAAAAAUAAUAUUGUCCUUAUAAAUUUAAAAGAUUAUUUGAAUAACCAUUUAAAAAAUGAUGAAUAUAAGAAUAAACAGGUCAAACAAAAUGUACGAAAUAAUGCGAAAAAAGUUCGAGAAAUAUUUCUAAAAAAUUUAUUAAAUGAAGAAAGAAAUAUAAGCUUUGAUAUUAAUGAACAAAAUCAUACUGGAAAUUAUAAACAUGACAUAAAAAAUGAAAAAAAUUUAUUUGGAUAUAAAGAUUAUUUAUAUACAAAGUUGAUAAGACAAUUAUAUUUGUUCCUAUCCUUAAUGGGUGUCAAUAAAAGAAUUAUAAAUGAGGAUAAUUUAGAUGAAAAAAUUGGUAAUACUUAUCAAGAAAAUUAUAAAAAUAAUUUUAAUUUUAAUUUCAAUUUUAAUUUCAAUUUUAAUAAAAUGUACAAGUAUACAUAUAAUUAUAAAAAGAUGGAAAAUUUGGAUGUUAUAAAAUUGUUAAAAAAAUAUAAUAUAAAUAAAUUUGACGAAAAUUUGCAAUUUUAUUCAUACAAUUUUAGUAAUAAAAAUAGCGAAAAAUUCGAAAGGGAUUAUAACAAGACAAAUUUUAAUAUAUGUAUAUAUUUACCUACAAAAAAAGAAAUCGACAUUUUAUUUAUUAUAGACAUAUUAUAUGAUUAUUUUUAUUUUAAUUUAUAUAUACCUAUAACAACAAAAGAAAAUAAAUUAAUUUUUUUUCCAUUUUGUUUCAAAAAUAAUAUAAUAAUAAAACAUCAUUUUAAUAUUUUUGUCCCAUACCUUUAUAUAUAUAAAAAUACAUAUAUGGAACAAAAAUCGAUAAAAUUUAAUUUGAAUUCUUUAAAUAUAAUAACAGAUCAAAUAUUUGAUUUGAAAUUCCAAGAUAAUAAAACUAUUUUUUUUAUUCCAUUAAUCGCAUAUAACAAAUAUGGGUGUAGAGUUGGUAGUGGGAAAGGAUACUAUGAUAGAACAUUUAUAAGCUUAUAUAAAAGAGCAAAAAUAAAUGAUGAAAAAAAAAAUAAAUCUAUAGAUCAAAUAAGUGAGACAAAAAAUGUAAAAGAUAACAAAAAUAAUGAAACUGAAAAAAAUAAAAUAGUUGAUCAUGUAAAAGUUAGUGUAUCAUUUGAAGCAUUUUUAUAUGACGUCGAUUUUAAUGAGCCAACAGAUAUUAUAUUGGAUUAUAUAAUAAAUGAAAAAAAUAUUUAUAAAUUUUUAUUUUGA